AUGAUUCGAGGAUUGCUUCUGGGAAUCACCUGGAUGAUAUAUUGUGUUUGCCCAUCAUUUCAACAAGAGGCGGCCUUUCUCUACAACGGUUUCGGCCAAGGAGAUCAUCGUCUCCACCUUGAAGGUAGUGCAAGAAUCCAACCAAAAGACGGUGUCCUGCAACUGACAAAUGCAACGACGUCCCAGAUAGGUCAUGCCUUCCGCGAGCAGCCGAUUGAGUUCAAACCGUCUGAACCGGUCUCGUUCUCGACACAUUUUGUGUGUGCGCUGCUUCCUGCAGGUGAGACGAGUGGCCAUGGCAUGGCCUUUUUCGUGUCUCAUUCCACUGAUUUCAAAGACGCGCAAGCAACUCGAUUCUUCGGGCUUUUCAACCAAACCGGAUCUAAUUCCACACGUGUCUUGGCUGUUGAGUUUGAUACUGCUCUAGCUUCGGAGUUGAAGGAUAUCAGUGAUAAUCAUGUUGGGAUUGAUGUGAACAGCGCCGAGUCUUUAACAUCUGCAAACGCUUCUUAUUUUUCAGACAAAGAAGGGAGGAUGAUAGACAUAAAACUCUUGAGUGGAGAUCCUCUUCAGGUUUGGGUGGAUUACGAAGGAACAACACUCAACGUUUCGUUGGCUCCUCUUAAUACCCAGAAACCAAGCCGACCUCUUUUGUCAUCAACGCGUAUCAAUCUUACCGAGAUUUUGCAAGGCAGAAGAAUGUUUGUCGGGUUUUCUGGUGCAACAGGGUCAAUCAUGAGCUACCAGUACGUACUCGGGUGGAGUUUCAGCAAAAGCAUGGCGUCGCUGCAGAACAUUGACAUCUCAAAACUUCCAAAAGUUCCUCAGCCUAUUAACAAUAAGAAGAAGUCUUCAUCUCUGGUGCUCUAUACUCUGCUUGGUUUAAUAGCUUUCUUGGUUUUGGGACUUCUUAUUGGAGCUUAUUUGUAUAGGAGAAACUUGUAUGCUGAAGUAAGAGAGGAAUGGGAAAAAGAGUAUGGCCCACUCAGGUAUUCCUACAAAUCUCUUUAUAAAGCAACGAAAGGGUUCAGUAGAAAUGAGUUUCUUGGGAAAGGAGGUUUCGGUGAAGUCUACAAAGGAACUCUCUCCCGGAGCAGGGAAUUGAGAGAAGUGGCUGUGAAGAGAGUGUCACACGACGGUGAGGAAGGUAUGAAGCAGUUUGUCGCAGAGAUCGUGUGCAUGAAGAGUUUAAAACACCGGAGCUUGGUUCCACUACUUGGAUAUUGCAGGAGAAAGCACGAGUUACUACUGGUCUCUGAGUACAUGCCAAAUGGUAGCCUUGACCAUUACUUGUUUAAACCUGAUGGAUCGUCUCUCCCCUGGUGGAGAAGAUUUGCGAUCCUCAAAGACAUCGCCUCAGCUCUUAGUUACUUACAUACAGAAGCUGACCAAGUCGUUAUACACAGAGAUAUCAAAGCUGCUAACGUUAUGUUGGACGCGGAGUUCAAUGGGAGGUUGGGAGAUUUUGGUAUGUCCAGGUUAUAUGACAGAGGCUCUGAUCCAACCACAACAGCUGCAGUGGGAACUCUUGGUUACAUGGCACCUGAGCUUACAACAAUGGGACCUUCCACUGGAACCGAUGUUUAUGCGUUUGGUGUUUUCUUGCUUGAAGUAACUUGUGGGAGGAGACCUGUUGAACCUGGCUUGUCGGCUGCAAAACGCUAUGUGAUCAAAUGGGUUGGUGAAUGCUGGAAAAGGUCGUCUUUGACCGAUGCUAGGGAUCCAAGGUUGACAGAAUUCUCAUCCCAGGAGGUCGAGAGGGUUCUGAAACUCGGUUUGCUCUGUGCAAACCUUGCUCCAGAUGCAAGACCGUCCAUGGAACAAGUGGUGCAAUACUUGAAUGGAAACCUAGCUUUGCCUGAGUUUUGGCCAAAUUCUCCAGGAAUUGGAGUUCUCACUCCAACGGCACAUUCACCAGCACCACUCGUGAUCCCUUCACUGUCAUUGUCUUCUUCCUCCUCCAACAACGCUAUGUUUGUUACUCACUCACUCCUCUACGGGAGUGGGCGAUGA